AGAAGGCAGAGGAAGUGACAGGAUCAGAACAGCUGCUGGCUGGCCACCCACUCUGUCCUGGCCCUCCCUCGCUCAGAUCUGCGGGACUCAGGCCUGUGGGAGAGGAGGGCCCAGUGUUAGGAAGCCCAGGUGCGAGGCCCGGGUGGGAGGAGCAGCAGGGAAAAAAGAACCAGUCCGUCUGGGGCAUCAGCCUCCCGUGGGCCUGAGCGAUGGGGAACGUUAUAGACGGUAAGUCGGUGGAGGAGCUGAGCAGCACCGAGUGCCACCAGUGGUACAAGAAGUUCAUGACCGAGUGCCCCUCCGGCCAGCUCACCUUCUACGAGUUCCGCCAGUUCUUCGGCCUCAAGAACCUGAGCCCGUGGGCCAGCCAGUACGUGGAGCAGAUGUUUGAGACCUUUGACUUCAACAAAGACGGCUACAUCGACUUCAUGGAGUACGUGGCGGCGCUGAGUCUUGUCCUCAAGGGGAAGGUGGAACAGAAGCUGCGCUGGUACUUCAAGCUCUACGACGUGGACGGCAACGGAUGCAUCGACCGCGACGAGCUUCUCACCAUCAUCCGGGCCAUCCGAACCAUUAACCCCUGCAGCGACUCGACCAUGACCGCAGAGGAGUUCACCGAUACAGUGUUCUCCAAGAUUGACGUCAAUGGGGAUGGGGAACUCUCCCUGGAGGAGUUCAUGGAGGGCGUCCAGAAGGACAAGAUGCUCUUGGACACGCUAACCCGAAGCCUGGACCUUACCCGCAUUGUGCGCAGGCUCCAGAAUGGAGAGCAGGAUGAGGAGGAAGCUGGUGGCAGGGAAAGUGAGGCAGCGGAAGCAGCCGGCUGA